AUGGGAUCUUAUUCACCAGAACCAGUCGUGCUCGUCACCUACCAUUCUACGUCAAUUGCUAGAAUAACACUGAACAGACCUCGGUCACUAAAUGCAUUGAACGUCGAUCUCCUAAAGCAGCUUGUUGAAGCUCUGCGCGCUGCACAUGAAGCAAAGAAACGUGUGAUCAUUCUCGAAGGAGCCGGAGAUCGCUCCUUCUGUGCGGGAGAGGACCUGAAGGAGACCCUUGCCCCGGAGACUGGAUCAGGCGAGGAGCUAAGGGCUGCCUUUGCCAAACUUCAGGAUAUAACACGAUUGACUUCUUUAUCUGAAGCCCUUGUAAUAACUGCCGUUCAAGGAUUCGCAAUUGGUGGCGGAGCUGAGAUAGCAUUGGCGGCAGAUUUUGUCAUCGGUGGCCCAGGAGCAAAGUUCAGGUUUCCUGAGGUGCCAAUUGGCCAUGCUGCAACUGGGGGCAUCACGUUGCGGUUGACUCAUAUGGUAGGGCUGCUGAAGGCGAAAGAGCUUCUGCUCCGUGGCCAAUUCACGCCCGCCCAAGAAGCGUUACGUAUAGGUCUGUUGUCCGAGUUGGUAGACGAUCCCAGGGCAAGGGCGAUGGAGCUGGCUCAUGAGCUAGAGAAGCUGCCAAGUAUCUCGGCAGCGAAUUCGAAAGCCGGCAUGGAAAGAUUGGUGUUUCCGAACAUGGAAGCGGCACUGGCUGACGAAGUCAACAUCGCUAGCUACUGCUUUGCUCAAAGUGAUGCUGCCAGCGCAUUUUCAAACUUUGCCCGGAGAAGAAAACAAAAAGCUAUACCUGCGAGAGCAGCAGUGGUGAACAAUAACGAUGACACGAUGACACGGACGGAAACUACCACUAUGAGCUCCUUCUCUGGCCCAACUCCAGCACCGGAGAGCGUGAUCAAUUACCUAAGAUCUUUCAAAGACAUCAAUUCUGCUUUCAACCAUGCUGUCCAGGAGUUUGGGCCACGUACUUUUCUCCGGAUGGGAGGCAAGGACUUCACGUUUCAAGAGAUACACCACUCCAUCAGUAAACUUGCAGGAGGACUGCAAGCACUCGGUGUGAUACCAGGAAAAAGAGUUCUGGUCAUGAUGCGUAACAGCGUUGACAUGGUCAAUGCUUGGCUUGCAACAAACCGGUUGGGUGCAGUGUGGGUUCCGAUCAACUUUGAAUUGAAAUCUGUUACUUUGACGAACGUGAUAAAUGCUGCGGAUGCAACUGUUGCUCUUGUGGAUCCAGAGUUUUUGAGCACCUUCAGGGAAGCACAAGAUGGUCGUAUACAGCAUGUCUUCGACACGAAAGAAGAGGGCCCUACCGGCCUUCCUGCCUUAUACCAUCUUGGGUCACCUGUCACAUCGUCAGCAUCCGUACAGCCAUCGACUACCGCAGCUUUCUUGUACACGAGUGGGACCACGGGCAAAUCAAAACCGUGCAUACUGUCUCAUCAGUAUUUCAUUCUCCAAGCAAGCGCAUUAAUCGAGACAUAUGGGCUGCACAGUGGAGAUGUCCUUUACUGUCCGUUCCCCCUUUUCCAUGCAGAUGCGACUGCUCUGACCACCAUUCCUGCUAUUCUCAUUGGUGCCGUCGCUGCUAUUUCCAGUCGAUUCAGCGUGAGCAGGUUUUGGGAAGAGAUUAGGCAAUCAAGUGCUACCGUGUAUGACUUCAUGGGUGCCACGCUGGCACUGAUAUACAAGCAAGCACCCAGCGACCGGGACCGGGACCACAAAGUUAGACUGGCCUGGGGGGUGCCAAUUCCAAGCUUUGCAGCGGAUUACGAAGCAAGAUUUGGACAUCCAUUGUAUACUCUAUAUGGGAGUGUUGAGGCAAGCUUGCCUAUCAUGCAACAAGGCCCCAGAGUAGAGGGCUCAUGUGGGACGAUACGUCAUGGACAUCACCUCCGAAUCGCAAAUGAGCUCGAUGAACCAGUGCCCGUCAACACGACAGGACAUCUCCUAGUCAGGAGUGAUAGGCCCAACGCCUUCUUCCAGGGCUACUUUAACAACCCGUCGGCGACGGUGGAAUCAUUCUCGAACCUCUGGCUCCAUACUGGGGACCUGGCCAAGGUUGAUCAACAAGGGAACGUCUAUUUUGUUGGUCGAGCAAAGGACGUUAUCCGCAGGAGAGGCGAGAAUAUCAACGCAUCGGAGAUCGAAGAGGAACUUCUGCGGCACCCAGAUGUAAUAAUGGCUGCAGCAUUCGCCAUUCCGUCCGAUCUAGGCUCAGGAACCGAGGAUGACGUCAAGGUCGCGGUGAUGCUACGAGAAGGAAGUGUUACUGACGAGAAAACGUUAUUCGACUGGACGAUCGGAAACAUGGCUAGGUUUCAGGUGCCUAAAGUCAUCGAGCUUGUCACAGACAUGAAGAAGACGCCAACUGGAAAGAUUGAGAAACGAUGGCUCAACGCUGAGGGCGGCAAAAGUUUCGAUCUCCGGAAAUAG